GAGGUUGCCCCGGAGCCCACGUGUUCCCGGAGCAUGGUGGCGGUGGAGAUGGAGAAGCGGGACGGGGCCGCGGCUAUGUCUCCCGGAGAGGCGGCGAAGGGCGGCGCUCGGCCUGUCGACCGCCAGGGCCUGCUACAGCACAGCCGCGAGUUCUUGGACUUUUUCUGGGACAUUGCGAAGCCGCAACAGGAGACGCGGCUUGAGGCCACGGAGAAGUUGCUGGAGUAUCUGCGCGCGAGACCGGAGGGAUCCGAGAUGAAGUACGCCCAGAAGCGCCUAAUCGCUGGGCUCGGAAUGGGGCGAGAAACCGCCCGGCCCUGCUACAGUCUGGCCUUGGCCCAGUUGUUACAGUCUUUCGAAGACAUCCCUUUGUGCAGCAUCCUGCAGCAGAUACAGGAGAAACAUGACCUGCAGACAGUUAAGAAGGUGAUGAGGAGACCUGCUCUUUUUGCAAACCUGUUUGGGGUGCUAGCCCUCUUUCAGUCAGGCCGGCUGGUGAAGGACUCAGAGGCACUGAUGAAGUCCGUGAAGCUACUGCAAGUCCUGGCCCAGUACUACAACCACUUGCAGGAGCAGCCACAGAAGGCCCUGGUGGACAUCCUCUCUGAGGUCCCAGAGGCCAUGUGGCAGGAGGUCCUGCCGAAGGUUCUCAAGCCCGACUUGAAUUCAAUACUUGGCUCCCCUGAGCACCUGGAGAUCUUCCUCUUGGCCCAGCAGAAGGUGCCCAUGCAGCUGGAGAAGCUCAUGGGAUCGGUCAACCUAUUGUCGGAUGAGAAUAUCCCCAGACUGGUGACUGUGCUGAAGACGGCCGCCAACUCUGUGAAGAAGGAGCGCAAACUGCCCGCUGUGGCUCUGGACCUGCUCCGCCUGGCUCUUCGGGAAGACAAGUUCCCGUGGUUCUGGAACGAAAUUGUGGAACAAGGGCUAAUGAAGAAGCAGUUCUGGCCAGCCAGCUACCUGUGCUUCCGCCUGCUGGGCGCAUCCUUGCCCAUGCUGUCCAAGGAGCAGCUGCAGCUGGUGAUGCGAGGAGACACGAUCCGACAUUAUGGGGAGCACGUAGUCACUGCUAAGUACCCGAGCCAGUUCAAGUUCGCUCCAGAGAUGAACGAGUACGUUGGAAGCUUCCUGGAAGGCUGCCGAGAUGACCCCGAGAGGCAGCUGGCCGUGGUGGUGGCCUUCUCUUCCAUCACCAACCAGGGCCUCCCCGUGGUGCCUACCUUCUGGCGGGUCGUGCGGUUCCUGAGUGCCCCCGCCCUCAAGGGCUAUGUGGCCUGGCUGCAGGACAUGUUUCUGCAGCCCAACUUGGACUCCUUGGUGGACUUCAGCACCGACAAUCAGAAGAAAGCCCAGGAUGCUUCGAUCCACGGGCCUGAGCGAGCUGUGUUCCGGCUGCGGAAGUGGAUCAUCUUCCGCCUGGUCAGCAUCGUGGACAGCUUGCACCUGGAGAAGGAGGAGGCCUUGAUUGAGGAGGUGGCCAGGUUUUGCUUUUUCCACUCAUUCUUUGAAACAAAGAAGCCUACAUCCCAGAUCCCUGAAACUGGGCAGCGGUUCUCCUUCCCUGUGGAGGGCCGGGCCAGAGAGGUGGUCAGCAAUGCCUUCUUCAGCCUGCUGCAGACCCUCAGCACACACUUUAAGCAGGCUCCGGAGCAGACCCAGGGCAAGCAUCCCUGGACCUAUCGCCUGGUACAGUUUGCUGACAUGCUGUUGAACCACAGCCGCAAUGUGUCACCCCUGACGCCCUUCACUACGCAGCAGCGCCAGGCCUGGACCCGGAUGCUGCAGACUCUGGAGGAACUGGAGGCUUGCUCCUCAGAGGCCAAGGCCAAGGCCACCGCCUUUCAGCACCUGCUACUCCUGGUGGGCAUCCACCUUUUCAAGUCCCCCACAGAGAGCUGCGACCUCCUAGGUGACAUCCAGACCUGCAUCAAGAAGAGCCUGGGGGAGAAGACCCGCCGGACCCGCUCCAAGGCCGCCAAACCCCAGGAGCCGCCGUGGGUGGAGGUGCUGGUGGAAAUCCUCCUGGCCCUCCUGGCCCAGCCCAGCCAUUUGAUUCGCCAGGUGGCCCGGACCGUGUUUAACCAAGUCUGCGCCCACCUGACUCCACGUGCCCUGCAGCUAAUCCUGGAUGUCCUAAACCCAGAGCAGAGCGAGGACGAGGACGACAAUGUGGUGGUCACAGACGAUUCCGAGAAGCAGCUGGAGAACGAGGAGGACAAGAGCUCUGAGAGCGAGGACAAAAACUCCGAGAGUGAGGACGAGAGCGAAGAGGAGGAGAGCGAUGAGGAGGAUCGGGACGGGGACGUCGACCCCGGCUUCCGGGAGCAGCUGAUGGCGGUGCUGCAGGCAGGGAAGGCGCUGGGUGGAGUCGAUGAUGACGAUGAGGAGCUGGGGGACGAGGCCAUGAUGGCGCUGGACGAGAACCUCGCCAGCCUCUUUGCCGAGCAGAAGCUGCGCAUCCAGGCCCGGAGGGACGAGAAGAACAAGCUCCAGAAGGAGAAGGCGCUCCGGCGGGACUUCCAGAUCAGGGUCCUGGACCUGAUUGAGGUGCUGGUGACCAAGCAGCCCGAGAACCCCCUGGUCCUGCAGCUGCUCGAGCCGCUGCUGAACAUCAUCCGUCGCAGCAUGCGCACCAGCAGCACCAAGCAGGAGCAGGACCUCCUGCACAAGACGGCCCGCAUCUUCACACACCACCUGUGCCGCUCCCGGCAUUACUGCCGUGACGUGGGCAACUGCGUGGAGACUGUGUCCACCCAGGUGGAGCGGCUGGUGCAGCAGGCUGCUCACCAGGCCGACUCCUCCGUCGCCCUCUACUACUUCAACGCCUCCCUCUACCUGCUCCGGGUUUUGAAGGGCAACGCCGCUGACAGGUCCAUCCGCAAGCCCCAGAAGAAGGAGAAAGCUGGCACUAGCGCCAGCACCAAGCCCAAGGGCCCCGAGGUGGCCCAGACUGCCAGCUGCUUGGAUUUGAACCUCGUGACCCCGAUCUACUCAUCAGCACUGAGCUCCUUCCUGACCAAGCGCAACAGCCCACUCACCAUUCCCAUGUUCCUCAGUCUCUUUUCCCGGCACCCAAUGCUCUGUAAGAGCCUGCUCCCUCUGGUGAUCCAGCAUGUGACGGGCCAAACGCAGCCUCGCCAUCAGGCCCAGGCCUGCCUGCUGCUCCAGAAGGUCCUGCCCAUGCGGGAGCUGAGAUUGUGCUUUGAGGACCCCGAGUGGGAGCAGCUGACUUGCCAGAUCCUGGCAAAGGUCACGGAGAAUCUGCGGGCCCUGGGGGAGGCACAGACCAAGUCGGAGCAGCUGAAGGACCGGUCCUCCUUGGAGCUGCUCAACACCCUCUUCCGGAUUAUUAAUCAUGAGAAGCUGACCGUGGACCUGACCGUUGUGCGGGGUGUGCUGCAGGGCAAACAGCAGUACCUGCAGCACAGGGUGCGGCAGAAGGAGCAGGUGGCUGGGUCCAGCCGCCUCUACGACAUCUACUGGCAGGCCAUGAGGGUCCUCGGAAUCCCGCGCCCCAAGUCGGAGAAGAAGGAUGCCAAGGAAGUCCUCAGUGCCACGCAGAGCCCUGUUAGCAUGAAACGGAAGAAAAAGGGAUUCUUGCCAGAGACCAAGAAGCGCAAGAAACGCAAGUCAGAGGGCACCACACAAGAGGAGGAGGCCAAGCCUGCAGCCACUGGCGGGGACCAGCCCCAGCCCCCCAGCACAGGCAAGAAGAGGAAAAGGAAGAAGGCUAAGGUUGCAGCCCAGGCCCAGGUGGAAGGGACGCCUGCUGCCAAGAGUCCUGCCACCGAGAGUCUGUCCCCAGAGCCCCCUGCCAAGACCCCGAAGCUGCGGAAGAGAAAUCGGAAGAGAAAUCGGAAGCUGUCCCAGGUGAACGGAGCCACGCCUGUGUCCCCCAUGGAGCCUGUAGUCGAAAAGCAGUAUCAGAAGGAGCUGCCCCCAAAGGGGGUCUCAGGCAAAUCGCCACAGUUGGCGCUGCAGCCCCCGGCCAAGACCCCAAAGCUACAGAAGAGCAAUCAAAAGCUGUCCCAGGUGAACGGAGCCACGCCUGUGUCCCCCACGGAGCCUGCUACCGAAAAGCAGUAUCAGGAGGAGCUGCCCCAAAAGGGGGUCUCAGGCAAAUCGCCACAGUCGGCACUGCCGCGGAAAAAGGCAAGAUUAAGGCUGUCUUUGGCCAACAGGAGCCCCAGCCUUCUCCAGAGUGGGGCCAAGAAAAAGAAAGCACAGCUGAGGAAGGCGACAAAGCCCUGAGUGCCGGCCCUGCCCCUCAGCCCUCCCCGUCAGCCCUAGAGACGCCUAUUUUUUCACCAGGAUUUUAAUAAACCAGCCACUCUGA